AUGAGCAACUCACCUACCUCAUCCUCAUCCGUACUGAAAGAUAUAGGUGCAACCCCACCUAUCAACAUCAGACCAACCACCUCAAGCAAUACAACUGCUCAACCAACUUCUCCUGGUGAUACAUCUCUCUCACCCACUUCAUCGAGUCUUGGUAAUUCGUUCAGAUACAAUCCGUGUGAAAUCGAUAAACAGCCUUGGAGACCUGAUGAUGAAACACACAAGACUAGGAUCUUCUCAGCGAUAGGAGGGGAUAUGGAACCUUCUGCGAAAGGUGAAAUCUUAUCAGGAAUAUAUGACGAUCUCAAAUCGUCCAACAUCAACACUCAAGUGACGGUAGGAGAUGUGAUCGCUCAAGGUAAAGACAAGACCAAGAAUUAUCAAUUACCUUCUAGUCCUACUUUCGAAGGAUAUCGAUAUUUCACCGAAUAA